CCCAUUUCUCUCGAAGUCUCAAAGUCUCAAAACAUACAAGGGCUCCACUACACCACCUCUCCCGCAUUACCACCAUCUCCAUAGAUACGCUUUCCUCUGUAAAACCCUAAUUGUCGAUUCCUCCUUUUCUUUUUCCAAAUUUCCAACUUCUCUUUCUCUACAAUUCUCGAUUCUCUCGCCUAUCGAUCUACUUUCAUCACUCUUCCCAAACCCUCACUUUCUUUCUUUAGCUCUUAGCGCUCUCUCCUUCUCUCUCUCUGUGUCGUGCUGAAAUCCGUCGCCUAUCUGCUCUUGAUUACAAGAUCUGUGUUAUUGUUUUCUUGCUUGCUUUUUCUUUUAAUCGCCGUGUUUUCGGGGGUACGGUCAAGGCUGGCGUGUAUUUUGGGUUAAGUAAAUGGCGGAUCCGCCAAGUAUCCGCCCACUGUUAAUUGCUGCCUUUUCUUGUCUGUUUUUCUUGGAGGAGUUGGAGUUGGAGUUGAUAGAGUUACACAGUGGUGAGGUAAGAGAAGAGUGAAAAAGCAUGCUCAGCGUGCUACGUGUGCACCUCCCGUCGGAUAUCCCCAUUGUAGGCUGUGAGUUAACGCCGUACGUCCUCUUACGGCGACCUGACAAGACCGUCACAACCGACGAUGUCCUUGAGUCGGCCCCUCUCGACGGCCAUUUCUUGAGAUAUAAGUGGUAUCGUAUACAAAGUGAUAGAAAAGUUGCUGUAUGUAGUGUACAUCCAUCUGAGCUAGCCACAUUGCAGUGCCUAGGUUGUGUGAAGGCCAAAAUACCUGUUGCCAAAAGUUACCAUUGCUCUCCCAAGUGCUUCUCUGAUGCAUGGCAGCAUCACCGUGUUCUACAUGACCGUGCUGCAAGUGCUGUAAAUGAAAAUGGAAAUGAGGAGGAAGAGUUAUUUGGGCGUUUCAAUAAUUCUGGAUCUGGAGUUAUUAAUACUAGUUUGUCUGGUUCUGCGUCAAGUGCUAGCUUGGCUAAUGGUUCUGCACCUUUAUAUCCUGCAGCAGUUACACAAAGAAAUGGUGGUGAAACAUGGUUUGAAGUUGGACGGUCUAAAACAUAUACUCCAUCAGCUGAUGAUAUAGGCCAUGUUCUAAAGUUUGAAUGCGUUGUGGUAGAUGUUGAAACUAAAUCUCCUGUAGGACAUGCCAACACCAUUCUAACUUCUCGUGUGAUUCCUGCUCCUUCACCUACUCCACGUCGCUUGAUCUCAGUCAGUGGAGUUGAUGUGAUGGGGCAUUUAGAUUCAGAUGGACAUAUUUCAUCAUCAGGAACAUUUACGGUGCUUUCUUACAACAUUUUGUCUGAUGUUUAUGCAACAAGUGAGACAUACAGUUAUUGUCCUUCAUGGGCUCUAUCUUGGCCAUAUCGCCGGCAGAAUUUGCUGCGGGAAAUAGUUGGAUAUCGUGCUGACAUUGUUUGUCUUCAGGAGGUUCAAAGCGAUCAUUAUGAGGAAUUUUUUGCCCCUGAGUUGGACAAACAUGGUUACCAAGCUCUUUAUAAGAGAAAAACCAAUGAGGUUUACAGUGGAAAUACCCAUACUAUUGAUGGUUGUGCGACAUUUUUUCGAAGAGAUAGGUUUUCACAUGUCAAGAAAUACGAGGUUGAGUUUAAUAAAGCUGCUCAGUCCUUGACUGAAGCUGUUGUUCCAAGUGCUCAGAGAAAAACUGCUUUAAAUCGUUUGGUCAAGGAUAAUGUUGCGUUGAUAGUGGUUUUGGAAGCAAAAUUCAGUAACCAAGGUGCAGAUAAUCUGGGGAAACGGCAACUUCUUUGUGUUGCAAAUACACAUGUGAAUGUCCAUCAAGAUUUAAAGGACGUCAAGCUUUGGCAGGUUCUUACUCUCUUGAAAGGAUUGGAGAAAAUAGCUGCCAGUGCAGACAUUCCAAUGUUAGUGUGUGGAGAUUUCAAUUCCGUCCCUGGAAGUGCUCCUCAUGCACUUCUUGCUAUGGGAAAGGUGGAUCCCUUGCAUCCAGAUUUAGUGGUAGAUCCUCUUGGAAUCUUACGUCCUUACAGCAAGCUUACACAUCAGCUACCUCUGGUCAGUGCUUAUUCAUCUUUGGUAAGGCUGGGCGUUGGUCUUGGUUUGGAGCAGCAGAGGAGGAGAAUAGACCCUGCAACGAAUGAACCCUUGUUUACAAACUGCACCAGAGAUUUUAUUGGCACCCUAGAUUACAUAUUUUACACAGCGGACUCUCUGACAGUGGAGUCCUUGUUGGAACUCUUGGAUGAGGAAAGCUUAAGGAAAGACACAGCCCUUCCUUCUCCAGAGUGGUCCUCUGAUCAUAUAGCUCUUUUAGCUGAAUUUCGUUGCAAGCCUAGACCAAGACGUUGACAAUCCAGGCUGGGUCUAAUGAUGCUGAAGAUGAUUGUCUUGGAGGAAGGAAUUAAGUAAAUUGUAAGAAUGGUAGAUCAUGGCCCAUGUGUCAUUUUGCAGGUAUCUCGUAGUGAGAUGCUUGCUAUGAUCUGCUUGCUAUCAUGCCACCUUUGUCACAUAGAAAAGAUAUGUUAUGCCUUAUUCAAUGGUUUUUCUUUUUUUUU